AUGAAGUUCUUCAACUCUAUCAUUGCCUUGUCGGCCCUGGCGGUCAGUAUCAACGCUCUUCCUGUCUCCGUUUCAAACGAUGAAGACAACACUUUCACCGAUAUGGCGAUCUCCGAUCUCGCCGGCCGCCAAGUCCCACCCCCUUCGGCUUUGACUCCGGCCCCUCAACCCGAAGAUGAGAACGAGAUGGAUGAGUGGGAAGAGGAGGCUUUGGAGGAAGAUGAUGGCGAAGAAGAUGGCGAGGUGGAUGCUCAGGGCAAGAAGAAGAAGAAGAAGGGCAAGAAGGGAAAGAAGGGAAAGAAGGGCAAGAAGGGUAAGAAGGGCAAGAAGCCCCUCGAGGCCGAGCAGCCAGAUGCCGUGGCUCCACCUCCAGCUGCCGGAGCCGCCCCGGUCCCGGCUGCGGGCGUCGCUCCGGCUCCUGCCGCUGGCGCUGCUGCUGGUGUUCCUAAGCCUGGAGCCGCCGCCCCAGUUCCCAACGCCACCGCUCCUGGAGCUGCUCCGGCAGCCACGACUCCCGCCGCACCUAAGGCUCCCGCACCGAAGCCUUCCGGACCGGCAGCACCUGGAGCUCCUGCAGCACCUGGUGCCCCUGCGCCUGCGCCUGCUGCUCCUAAGCCCGCCGCUCCCAAGCGAGCUAUGGCUUUCGCCGCCUAA